UGGGAACGUCAAAUUCCUGGACAGCUGCCAACAUUUUAAAGGACCCCGGACAACUUCACAUUUAGUUUUCCAAGGCAGUCGCACGCCGUUUACCUCGCUUAUGUGACUUAUCCAGAAAAGCUGGAGAGGGGCCCGACAUAAGUGAGGCAUCAGAUAGUCCACCGUCAGCUUACUCUGUUGUGGAGCUAUAGUCUAGUGUUGUUUAACCAUGCACUCGUUGAAAGAGAUACGCAUGUCAAGCAAAGUCGUGGAGUUUGUUGUCAAAGAUUUAAAGAAGCGUGUUUUGAGGGACGCAGUGGCGGGUCUCCACACUGUUGUUCUCCCCGCAAUAUGUCGAAGCACAAAGGCGUCGCACUUGUACCAGCGAAACUCUUUUUACACGGACCAUGUAAAUAUGUGUAUACGCAAAAAAAUCCCUUUAUUCCCGAGUGGAAGACAUGCUGUUCUACACCAUUACAGAUGGGCGGGAGAAGGUGCCCAUCUCCUAUUUCACCUCAGCCCUAAGGAAAACUGGUCUUCACCCAUCUGACCCUCGACUGAAGUGCAGCAUGGAGAAGCUUGAAAAUGCAGAGCAGGAUUCGGUUGGGGGGGAAGUGAUGAUGGACCGAGACCUGUUCCAUAAAUGUGUUGAAGGAAACCUCCUCCUUUUGAUCCAAGCCUUCAGGAAAAAAUUCAUCAUUCCUGAGUUUGAUGCUUUUGCAAAAAAGAUCAAUGAAAUCUACAAAACUGUGGAGAAGCAAAGAGAUGGGCAUGUAGCAGACUACAUCCCCCACCUAGCAAAGUUCAGCCCAGACCUGUGGGGAGUGUCUUUGUGUACAGUGGAUGGUCAGAGACACUCUGUGGGAGACACCAAGCUGCCAUUUUGUUUGCAGUCAUGCGUGAAGCCUCUGGAGUACGCCAUCGCGGUGCACGAGGCGGGGACAGAGCAGGUGCACCGCUACGUGGGGAUGGAGCCCAGCGGACUGAAGUUCAAUCAGCUGUCACUCGAUGAAGAAGACAAACCACACAACCCUAUGGUUAAUUCAGGAGCUAUCCUGAUCAGCUCUCUUAUCAAGCCUGGUUCAAACAAAGCAGAGAAGUUUGACUAUGUGAUGGAGUUUGUGAAGAAGAUGGCGGGCAACACCUAUGUGGGAUUCAGCAACGCCACGUUCCAGUCAGAAAAAGAGACAGGCGACAGAAAUUUUGCUAUUGGAUACUACAUGAAAGAAAAGAAGUGCUUUCCUGAAGGAGCAGACAUGAUCGAUGCUCUAGACUUCUACUUCCAGCUUUGUUCCAUUGAGGUGACCUGUGAAUCAGGAAGUAUCAUGGGGGCCACUCUGGCUAAUGGAGGGAUCUGUCCAAUCACAGGGGAGCGUGUUCUGAGUGCUGAGGCAGUCCGCAACACCUUGAGUCUCAUGUACUCCUGUGGGAUGUAUGACUUUUCUGGACAGAUGGCCUUUCAUGUUGGUUUACCUGCCAAGUCCGGCGUGUCAGGGGCCGUGCUGCUGGUCGUCCCCAACGUCAUGGGUGUGAUGUGUUGGUCCCCCCCACUGGACAGAGUAGGAAACAGUGUACGCGGAAUCCACUUCUGUCAGGAGCUGGUGUCAUACUUUAACUUCCACAACUAUGAUAACCUGAGACACUUUGUGAAGAAGCAGGAUCCUCGCAGGCCGAGUGGGGAUGACAGGAACAAGGCUGUGUUCAACUUGAUGUUUGCUGCCUACAGUGGGGAUGUGUCAGCCCUGAGAAGAUUUGCACUCUCAUCGAUGGACAUGGAUCUGAAGGACUAUGAUUGCAGAACAGCGUUGCAUGUUGCCGCUGCAGAGGGACACCUCGAUGUUGUGAAGUUCCUCACUGAGACCUGUGAAGUGAAUCCAUUUGUAAAGGACAGGUGGGCUAACCAGCCUGUGGACGACGCCCUGCAGUUUGGACAUGACAGUGUGGUGGAGUUGCUUAAAGAGUACCAAAAGGUCUGCAGCCAAAACAAACUGCCGGCCCCUGAUGGUCCCCCCAAAUUGGAGACCGUGGAGGGCAUCCUUUGAUCCAUUUUUCAGGGGAAAUCUGAUCCAAAUACAGCCAGCAGAGCAGUU